CGCCACCGCCGCCGAGGCCCCCGUUGAUGCCGCAGAGCUCCCCCAGCGCCGCCGCCACCGCUUCCGACAUGGACAAGAACAGCGGCUCCAGCAGCUCCUCCGCCUCUUCGGGCAGCAGCAAAGGGCAACAGCCGCCCCGCUCCGCGUCGGCGGGGCCGGCCGGCGAGUCUAAACCCAAGAGCGAUGGAAAGAACUCAAGUGGAUCCAAGCGUUUUAAUCGCAAACGUGAACCUUCCUAUCCCAAAAAUGAAAAUUUUAGCAACCAGUCCCGUCGCUCCAGUUCACAGAAAAGCAAAACUUUUAACAAGAUGCCUCCACAGAGGGGCGGCGGCAGCAGCAAAAUCUUUAGCUCUUCUUUUAAUGGUGGAAGACGAGAUGAGGUAGCAGAGGCUCAGAGGGCAGAGUUUAGCCCUGCCCAGUUCUCUGGUCCGAAGAAGAUCAAUCUGAACCACUUGUUGAAUUUCACUUUUGAACCCCGUGGCCAGGCGGGUCACUUUGAAGGCAGUGGACAUGGCAGCUGGGGAAAAAGGAACAAGUGGGGGCAUAAGCCUUUUAACAAGGAACUCUUUUUACAGGCCAACUGCCAAUUUGUAGUGUCUGAAGACCAGGACUACACAGUUCAUUUUGCUGAUCCUGAUAUCUUAGUCAACUGGGACUUUGUGGAACAAGUGCGCAUUUGUAGCCAUGAAGUGCCAUCUUGCCCAAUAUGCCUAUAUCCACCUACUGCAGCCAAGAUAACCCGUUGUGGACACAUCUUCUGCUGGGCAUGCAUUCUGCACUACCUUUCACUGAGUGAGAAGACCUGGAGUAAAUGUCCCAUUUGUUACAGUUCUGUGCAUAAGAAGGAUCUCAAGAGUGUUGUUGCCACAGAGUCACGGCAGUAUGUUGUUGGUGAUACCAUUACGAUGCAGCUGAUGAAGCGGGAGAAAGGGGUCUUGUUGGCUUUGCCCAAAUCUAAAUGGAUGAAUGUAGGCCAUCCUAUUCAUCUAGGAGAUGAACAGCACAGCCAGUACUCCAAGUUGCUGCUGGCCUCUAAGGAGCAGGUGCUGCACCGGGUAGUUCGGGAAGAGAAGGUAGCUCUGGAGCAGCAACUGGCGGAGGAGAAGCACACUCCCGAGUCCUGCUUUAUUGAGGCAGCUAUUCAGGAGCUCAAGACUCGGGAAGAGGCUCUGUCAGGAUUGACUGAAAGCGGAAGGGAGGUCCCUGGUGUUGUGCCUGCUCUGGAACAACUGGUGCUGAUGGCUCCCUUGGCGAAGGAGUCCGCUUUUCAACCCAGGAAGGGUGUGCUAGAGUAUCUUUCUGCUUUUGAUGAAGAGACCACCGAAGUUUGUUCUCUGGGUUCCGCUCGUCCUCUUGCUCUCCCUCUGGUGGAGGAAGAGGAAGCAGUGUCUGACCCAGAGCCCGAGGCCUGUGAUGACUCAGAGUUAGCAGAUGACAGUCUCGGAGAGGGGACCAUUUGCCCUGAGUCCAGCCAGCAGGAACCCAUCACCAAGCCAGGCUUCACACACCUGAGCAGCUCUCCUUGUUACUACUUUUAUCAAGCGGAGGACGGGCAGCACAUGUUCCUGCACCCUGUGAACGUGCGCUGCCUUGUGAGGGAGUACGGCAGCCUGGAGCAGAGCCCGGAGAAGAUCUCGGCGGUAGUGGUGGAGAUCGCUGGCUACUCCAUGUCCGAGGACGUUCGACAGCGCCAUAGAUACCUCUCUCACCUGCCGCUCACCUGUGAGUUCAGCAUCUGUGAGCUGGCUCUGCAGCCUCCUGUGGUCUCUAAGGAAACCCUAGAGAUAUUCUCAGAUGACAUUGAGAAGAGGAAGCGUCAGCGCCAAAAGAAGGCUCGGGAGGAACGCCGCCGGGAGCGCAGGAUUGAGAUGGAGGAGAACAAGAAACAGGGCAAGUACCCAGAAGUCCACAUUCCCCUAGAGAAUCUACAGCAGUUUCCUGCCUUCAAUUCCUAUACCUGCACCUCCGGUUCUGCUUUGGGUCCCACCAGCACUGAGGGCCAUGGUGCCCUCUCCCUUUCUCCUCUUAGCAGAAGUCCAGGUUCCCAAGCAGACUUUCUGCUGACCCCUCUGUCACCCACUGCCAGUCAGGGCAGUCCUUCAUUCUGCGUUGGGAGUCUGGAAGAAGACUCUCCUUUCCCUUCCUUUGCCCAGAUGCUGAGGGUUGGAAAAGCAAAAGCAGAUGUGUGGCCCAAAACUGCUCCCAAAAAAGAUGAGAACAGCUUAGUUCCUCCUGCUCCUGUGGACAGCGAUGGGGAGAGUGAUAACUCAGACCGUGUUCCUGUGCCCAGUUUCCAGAAUUCCUUCAGCCAAGCUAUUGAAGCAGCCUUCAUGAAACUGGACACACCAGCUACUUCAGAUCCCCUCUCUGAAGAGAAAGGAGGAAAGAAAAGAAAAAAACAGAAACAAAAGCUCCUGUUCAGCACCUCAGUCGUCCACACCAAGUGACACUACUGGCCCAGCUAUCUUCUCCAUCUGGUUUUCUUUUUUCUGUGCUUUUGUUUUGCUGCUGUAAUUUUUAAGUAUUUGAGUUUGAAAAGAUUAGCUCUGGGGGGAGGGGGUUUCCACAGCGUGAGGGGGAACCAAGAAAAUUUUAAAUACAGUGUAUUUUCCAGCUUCCCAUCUUUACACCAAAAUAAAGUAUUGACACAAGAGAUCUCUUCCUGCCAAGAUUUUUAGUUUGUUACCAGGGUUAGUCUUUUUUUUGACCCAUGUGUAAUUAGUUUUUCUCAGCCCAAAUAAGUUUGAGUCCGUUCACCAUCCCUUGGAGUAGCCCACACCCCAGAGUGUUCUAGCACUGCUCUGCUGACAUGUCAGAGCCUCAUGGUUUCAACACAUCGCUCAGUGUGUCUUUUAAUAAUAGUUGAGUCUUUCCUGUUUAGUUUUCCUCUUGUUAAAGAAAGAGAGGAUGGGAAUAAAAUGGAUUUAGGACGCCCAGCUUGAAUUGCAGUUUUUCUUCUGAGAAAUGGCCAGGCUGCGGUGCCGGGCCUGGUUUGCUUACCUAUGUGCUAGAGGGUUUUAGAUCUUGUAUGUGGCUCAUUUGGCAAGGAAAGCUGUAAUUGUCACUAAAGAAGCCCUGGAACCUGCCAACUGUUAGAUGAAGCUUGUUUCUAGUGACAGUGGCCUGAGUUGUAGGAACAGAGGAGUCUGGCACACCUGGAGGCGGAGCUGGGCAGGUUUGAAAGCAGUGGUAGUGCCCACUGCCUCCCUGUUUUCUAGAGCAGUCAAUGACUUGGUUGGAGCAGAAUUUGAGUGAUGUGAAUUAUUUUGCUGUUUAAUAGUGACCUCUAGGUAUAAUAUAGAAUGUGAAGGCAAACAGUUGCAAUAAAUCACCUGCACAAGCAA